AUGUCCGCAGGUCUGGUUUACUCUGCUCCUAGCCCAGUGUCCACACGCCAAGCUUUACGUCGCACCCGUAAGUCCACUCCCCCAGGCCAAGUAGAAGAUGCCGCCAGUGUUGUGGACACGCCCCCUCGCAUAGCAUCUCCCAGGCAAACAGUCAAGGGGAAAACGAAGAAGGCCAAGCGUACGUGUGUUGUGGAGCCUCUGCAGGAAGGGGAGGAACUGAGUGACACAACAGGCAGGAAGUGGCGGCUGGCGAAGCUGUUGGGUCAGAAUGAGACAGAGCUGAUCUACGCAGUCCAGCAGACCGGGCCAGGGAUCAACCGUGGUGACUGCAGACAUGUCCUCAAACUGGGGCCUAAAGAUGGGAGGAUCUUUAAUGAGCAGAACUUCCUUCAGAGAGCUGUAAAACCCACAUCUGUGGACAAAUGGAUGAAGCGCACUAAGAUGGAUUCUGGGAUUCCAUCCUGUGUGGGUUUUGGGCUACAUGCAGAAAUCUACAGGUUCCUGAUUGUCCCCAGCAUGGGCCAGACGCUCCAGGUUGUCCUGAAGGAACAGGGGGGGCUCCUGUCUGAGACAGCAGUGCUGCAGCUGGCCUGUAGAAUACUGGACGUGUUGGAGUUCAUCCAUGAGAACGAGUAUGUCCACGGAGACGUUCAGGCAGAAAACAUCUUCAUCCAGCCAGCAGGACACACACAGGUGUAUCUCGCAGGGUACGGCCAUGCUUUCAGGUACUGUCCAGGUGGUCGACAUGUGGAGUAGCGGGAAGGCAGUAGAACACCACAUGAGGGCGCCCUGGAGUUUAUAAGCCUGGACUCCCACAAAGGAGCAGGUUAGUAGCUAAGCUAACACAAUAACAUACUCAGAGAGCAAAUCCUUAUUCUGAG